GACCGGCUAGUCCGGUGACUUAAACCAUAUGUACACGUUCCUCUCUUUAAUUCAGUCGUACUACUCUCUCGACUAGUUGCUUUAGAUUCUUCUUCUCUCUAAUCGACGAUCGCCGAUAACUUGAUAUAUUUAAGGUGCUGGAAUCAAUGAAGACUGUCAGCAGGGGCAAAGGGUCUGUGAGAAAGGAAACAAAAGAAACACUGAAGCCUGUUGAUGAUAGGAAGUUGGGGAAGAGAAAGGCAGCAGUCAAGGCAGAUAAAAAGCCAGCUAAGAAGGGGAAGGCAGCUAAGAAAGACCCGAACAAACCCAAGAGGCCCCCGAGUGCCUUCUUUGUGUUCCUCGAGGAGUUUAGGAAGACUUUUAAGAAGGAAAAUCCUGAUAUCAAGGCCGUCUCAGCUGUCGGGAAAGCUGGUGGAGAGAAAUGGAAAUCCAUGAGUGCAGCUGAAAAAGCUCCAUAUGAAGCUAAAGCUGCGAAAAAAAAGGCCGAGUAUGGAAGUCUUAUGAAUGCGUACGACAAGAAGCAGGAAAGCUCUGCUGAUGAAGGUGGAGAAGAAUCCGAGAGAUCAAAAUCUGAAGUUCAUGAUGAAGAUGAUGAGAGUGGGCAGGAGGAAGAGGAUGAUGAUGGGGAGGAGGAUGAGGAUGAGGAAGACGAAGAUGACGAUGCCGAUGACGAUUGAGGUUUGAGUUGAACCUGGGUCCUUUUUUGUCUUAUCCAUGGCAUUGACACUUGACAUCUAUGUAUGUACUUUUAGCUCAAGUUCGUUGUCUUAGAAGGAUCGGCUGCAGUUUGUACCUUCUGUAAUAAUACAUAUGUAUUAUGUUAACUAUCAUGCCAAAUUACCCAAUACUGUGUCGGCUGGUUUGUUUAGAGUUCUUUCACUUCCGAACAAAUUUGAAGGGGACGCACACGUGAUUCAUGAACCAUUGAUCUGUUAGUCAUAGAUAGAUUCCAUGAUGCAUUUUAUCUGCU